GUAUUGUCUAUUGUUCAGUUCUAAUCUUAAGUUUGUCACCUGCAGACAUUGUGUGAUGGCCCUGUUCAUCUUCAUAAUCUUUCAUCUUGUACUGGAGGAUAAAUCGCAAGGUUUGCCGCAGGCCAAGCUGACAAUAUAUCCAACAUUUGCUACUGAUGAAGAGAAGGUGCAGAUGGUCUGUGGAGGUCAUGAGGAUCAGCAUAUAUCUGAGUGCAUGUUUUACCUUGUAGGACAGGAGGACUUUUUAAAACCAAGUGCAUCGUGUAACUUUUCCCUUACCGCUGCUGACCUGAUCAUAUGGUCACACGAUCAGGAGAGUUCACAUGUUAACAUAUCCUGCUACUAUACUGUGCAUGCUUUAAAAGAAAAUGGAACAUCACCUCAUUCCAACAUAGUCUCAGUCAGGGUCAGAGGUUUGCCUGCCAUGUCGUCUUUGCCACCAACCACAGAGAGCAGCCCGACUACAAUGACCCCCAAGGGAAAAACCUAUCAAGCGAAUUUGUCCACUGUGUCAUCAACAUCGAACACGGAAACAUCUUUGGCUGUAACAUCCAGUACUGAAAUCAUAACAGAUUUGAUAACCGAUAUGUCCAGUCUAAGUACCCAUGACAGCCAUAGUUCAAUAGAUCCUACAGAUGUUGAGUCCUCAUCUCCUCUGAUUUACAAAACUUCAACAUCCUUGGAAUCGACUGCACUUACUCAUACUACAGAACACGCAUUAGUUUUCCCCUUGAUGACUGAAGGUCCUGAAAUCAAAAAGUACUCAAAUACAAAAAUGCUUUUCUUAAUUGCUGUGGUUGCAAGUGGUGGAGGAAUUGUGGUGACUGGACUCGUGGGCAUCUGUUUGUACAGAUGCACAAGUAAGUGUAUAAAAUGGACAUGUCUUCCUUAUGGCUUAUAGUUUUAACACUCUGAUUGUACAGAUAAAUGUUCAGCUUGAAAGUUUGACGUUUCUUUCAUCACAGGAAAAUCAAAGGCGGAGAGGUAAAGAUGUUUCUGAGUAUAUCUUGAGUACAUACUAUUUAUGAAAUAAUUAAUGGAAUAGUUCACUGAAAAAGAACAUUUGCUGAAAAU